AGAGCAUAUUCAAAUAUUCAACUAUGGUGGUUGCUAGUAAUGGUUCUUCUCCUUUGGUUUAUUCCAAUGGCACAAAAGUACCCCAAUCCACUCUCUCAUCCGAUUCCGUUGUCAAUGUUGAGAAAGGUGAUCCAAUGAUAUUCUCGCCGUAUUGGGAGAAGAUGAAUGAUGAGUGUACGGUGGUGAUCAAAGCACAAGAAUUGAUGAGUUACGUAUGUGAUGAGAACAGCUUGUGUUUUUACAUGUUACCACAAAUGAGAGAUGCUAUUUUGAGGAUACAUAAUGUUGUUGGAAAUGCUGUAACAAAAGACAACUACAUAGUAUUAGGAACAGGCUCUUCUCAACUCUACCAUGCUGCUUUAUAUGCACUUUCUCCUUCACAACCCCCUAAUCAUCCCAUUAAUGUUGUUGCUGCUGCUCCUUAUUACUCGGAAUAUCCAGAUGCGACUGAAGUAUUACAAUCAAGAUUAUUUAAAUGGAGUGGUGAUGCUAAUACGUACAAUAAAAAUGAACCUUACAUAGAAUUGGUGACUUCUCCAAACAAUCCAGAUGGUGCAAUGCGAACACCUGUGGUGAAAUCUAAAGCUCAAGGAAAAAUAAUUUAUGACUUAGCCUAUUAUUGGCCACAAUUCACUCCCAUUACUCACCAACUUAACCAUGAUCUUAUGCUUUUCACAUUAUCCAAAUCCACAGGUCAUGCUGGUUCUCGUAUCGGGUGGGCUAUUGUAAAGGACAUUGAAGUUGCUAAGAAUAUGAUUAAAUUCAUGCGGUUGAGUUCCGUUGGUGUAUCUAGAGAAUCCCAAAUUCGAGCUACUAAAUUGCUUGAAGUGAUUUGUGAUAGUUAUCAAAAUUUAAAGUCCAUUAAAUCUGAACUAUUUUUUAGUCAUAGCAAAAGACUCAUGAAAGAAAGGUGGGAGAAAUUUAAGGGAGUUAUUGAGCAAAGCAAUGUUUUUACCUUAGUCAAGAAUCCAAUUGCAUAUUGUAAUUUCACCAAGGAGACAUCUGAAUCAUACCCUGCUUUUGCUUGGUUGAAGAGCGCGGAAGGCAUAAAAGAUGGUGAAAAAUAUUUGGAAAAAUUCAAUAUUUGUACAAGAGGAGGGGAACGAUUUGGUGUGGAUGCAAAGUAUGUUAGGAUUAGCAUGAUUAGCACUGAUGGUGAGUUCAAUGAAUUGUUAAGAAGGUUGUUAAAAGUUAAAAGAGGAUGAUGUUGGAAAAUGUUUGAUAGAGUGAGCCUAAGAUUGGACUGUAACAAGCUCAAUACAGUGAGUGACUCACAAAUCUUAUUGGUUCAAAGUUUGUCUAUUUUUUGUUUUUUGGUGAAUAAGUUAUUGGGUUGUUGUGUUUA